AUGCCGAGGGAGCACCUGCUCGAGCACUUCCACCUCCCCAAGCCUUCGCGCUCACUCCUGAAGUUCGUCGCAGUAUGUUGGUGCCUAGCCCUGGCACUCUGCAUGCCAGUAUUCGUUGCAGCCUGCGUGGCACACUACAUGCCAAAGUCAAAGGCGUACCAGGAGCUGGCUGUGCUAUUCAGGCUAUUCAGUGUCUUUCCUCCCGCCCUCUUUACUGCCGUCUUCACUACCGCCGGAUUGCUGGUGAUCUGCGGUCCCCCCCUCUUGGUCCACCUGAUCUUCGAUCUGCGGGAGAAGGAGCGAAGUUUUCGAGAGAUGCAGCUGGAGCUGGAUGCCGGGCAGUGCCAAGUCUAUUCCAUGGCCUUGUCAGGCACAAGGUGGCAGCAAUUUGCCACGACAAAUUUGCACAUGGGUUCGGCGCUUGCGUGGCUGCUCUUUCCAUGGGCUGACCUUCCACUUCCCACCUUGUUCUGGGUCUGGGGCUUCGCUGCCGAACGAACCAUAGGGUCCCUGACCAUUGGUACCUUCAUCUUGCUGUUCACAGUGGCUCUCCGCAUUGUCAUCCGGAUCCACGCGUCUUGGCGCUUCCACGGGCGCAUGGCGAAGACGCAUGUAGAGCUCCAUAUUUGCGCGGCGCCAGUGGCGAAUCUGGUGUCGAUCGUCUGCGACGGCCGUGCGUACUUCUACCAUAACAUUGGCGACCUGCCGCAACAGGGGCGGCCCGUUGGUAUGAGGCGGCGUUCCCUGGCCUUGGCCUUCACGCAGCUGACCACUCUCCCCGAGCCCACCUUUGAAGGAGGCCCCUUGGGCUGGUACCUCAACAUCAUUUCUGGCGAGUACGAUUCCAAGGAUGCGUACGGGCCGUAUGGGUGGUCCGCACACUCCCAAGGCUUCCCCGUGGACCACGCCCGGGUGCACGACUUGCAGAGCUGGCUGACGGACCCCGAAAGGCUGAAGCUCUUUCGUUGCGUCGGGGCAGCAUUUUGGAAGGAGCACAUGUUUCCCGCGAACCGUGAGGUGUUGCUGGCACCGUACGAGAUCUCACCCGAAACGCAGGCUACGGCACUGAGCACAACAAGUGUGAUUCUCACAGCCGACGUGCAGAAGGUGGAGGACGCCCGAUACAAGGUGUCGCUGAUCUCCAUGUCGGGGGAGGAGGCAGAAAGCUUCGCCUUCCGUACAGGGGACACGCUGGCGGACGUGCUGCACCGCGUCGCCAGCAGACCAAAGUUCUGGCUCUGUCAGGUCAAGAUCAUCCUGAGCGAUGGCACACAGCUGGACUCGCUGGACCCUCGCAUGGCUCUGCAGGAGCUGUUGGAGCGCGCCCAAGCGAUGGCUUCGCCGGCAUAG